CCAGCAGCGUGGUUUUCCCGGAGCCUGCGGGGCGACAACAGAAGGCCCUAGAGGAACCACUCUGUGCCGGCCUUGGAGGAGCUUCCCGAGACCCUCUGUGCAGGCAUGACCCCGCGGGCCAUGAGUGCUACAUGACGGACCCUGUUCUAGGUGUUAAGGACACAGCAGGAUACAGGCCCUGCCCUGUGGAACGCGCACUGUGCGUGCAGCAGUCUCACGCGCAAGUGAGUCUCUGGAUUGUCCCCUGAGUGAGAGGGGACAUGCCAUUUCUCUCAUCUGGGUCAAGACAGAACGUGCUUUCUUUGCUUGUUUAUUUGCCUUUAAAACUGUUUUGGAUUGAAAAACAAAAUACUUAUAGGUAUCAGAAUAAGAGGAAAGCCAAGACUGUUGGAAACGUUUGGAUCCUAGGACGGAUUUCUUUUUGUGCCCCCCUGGGGUGGUCUGGUUGUACCUGGAUGUAGGUGACAUUGUCUAGAGCCUUGCUCACAAAGCAAGCAGCAUCAGCAACCCCUGAGAGCUUGCCAGAAAUGCAGAGCCCCAAGCCGCACCCAAGACCUGCUGAGUCAGCUCUGCUUCAGUCGAGUUUGAGAAGCACUGGCUUGGGCCUCCAGGAUAGAUUGUUCUCCUCUGAAAGUGACAACAGCCUGUACUUCACCUACAGUGGCCAGCCCAACACCCUGGAGGUCAGAGACCUCAACUACCAGGUGGACCUGGCCUCUCAGGUCCCUUGGUUUGAGCAGCUGGCUCAGUUCAAGAUGCCCUGGACAUCUCCCAGCUGCCAGAAUUCUUGUGAGCUGGGCAUCCAGAACCUAAGCUUCAAAGUGAGAAGUGGGCAGAUGCUGGCCAUCAUAGGGAGCUCAGGUUGUGGGAGAGCCUCCUUGCUGGAUGUGAUCACUGGCCGAGGUCACGGCGGCAAGAUCAAGUCAGGCCAGAUCUGGAUCAAUGGGCAGCCCAGCUCGCCUCAGCUGGUGAGGAAGUGUGUGGCCCACGUGCGCCAGCACAACCAGCUGCUCCCCAACUUGACCGUGCGAGAGACCUUGGCCUUCAUUGCCCAGAUGCGGCUGCCCAGAACCUUCUCCCAGGCCCAGCGUGACAAAAGGGUGGAGGACGUGAUCGCGGAGCUGCGGCUUAGGCAGUGCGCUGACACCCGCGUGGGCAACAUGUACGUGCGGGGGUUGUCGGGGGGUGAGCGCAGGAGAGUCAGCAUUGGGGUGCAGCUCCUGUGGAACCCAGGAAUCCUUAUUCUCGACGAACCCACCUCUGGGCUCGACAGCUUCACAGCCCACAACCUGGUGAAGACCUUGUCCAGGCUGGCCAAAGGCAACCGGCUGGUGCUCAUCUCCCUCCACCAGCCUCGCUCUGACAUCUUCAGGCUGUUUGAUCUGGUCCUCCUGAUGACGUCUGGCACCCCCAUCUACUUAGGGGCAGCCCAGCACACGGUCCAGUAUUUCACAGCCAUCGGCUACCCCUGUCCUCGCUACAGCAAUCCUGCUGACUUCUAUGUGGACCUGACCAGCAUUGACAGGCGCAGCAGAGAGCAGGAAUUGGCCACCAGGGAGAAGGCUCAGUCACUCGCAGCCCUGUUUCUAGAAAAAGUGUGUGACUUGGAUGACUUUCUAUGGAAAGCAGAGACGAAGGAUCUUGACGAGGACACCUGUGUGGAAAGCAGCGUGACCCCACUAGACACCAACUGCCUCCCGAGUCCUACGAAGAUGCCUGGGGCGGUGCAGCAGUUUACAACGCUGAUCCGUCGUCAGAUUUCCAACGACUUCCGAGACCUGCCCACCCUCCUCAUCCAUGGGGCGGAGGCCUGUCUGAUGUCACUGACCAUCGGCUUCCUCUAUUUUGGCCAUGGGAGCAUCCAGCUCUCCUUCAUGGAUACAGCCGCCCUCUUGUUCAUGAUCGGUGCUCUCAUCCCUUUCAACGUCAUUCUGGAUGUUAUCUCCAAAUGUUACUCAGAGAGGGCAAUGCUUUACUAUGAACUGGAAGACGGGCUGUACACCACUGGUCCAUAUUUCUUUGCCAAGAUCCUCGGGGAGCUUCCGGAGCACUGUGCCUACAUCAUCAUCUACGGGAUGCCCACCUACUGGCUGGCCAACCUGAGGCCAGGCCUCCAGCCCUUCCUGCUGCACUUCCUGCUGGUGUGGCUGGUGGUCUUCUGUUGCAGGAUUAUGGCCCUGGCCGCCGCGGCCCUGCUCCCCACCUUCCACAUGGCCUCCUUCUUCAGCAAUGCCCUCUACAACUCCUUCUACCUCACCGGGGGCUUCAUGAUAAACUUGAGCAGCCUGUGGACAGUGCCCGCGUGGAUUUCCAAAGUGUCCUUCCUGCGGUGGUGUUUUGAAGGGCUGAUGAAGAUUCAGUUCAGCAGAAGAACUUAUAAAAUGCCUCUCGGGAACCUCACCAUCGCGGUCUCAGGAGAUAAAAUCCUCAGUGCCAUGGAGCUGAACUCGUACCCUCUCUACGCCAUCUACCUCAUCGUCAUUGGCCUCAGCGGUGGCUUCAUGGUCCUGUACUACGUGUCCUUAAGGUUCAUCAAACAGAAACCAAGUCAAGACUGGUGAUUCACGCCAGACGUCUGCCCGCUGGUGGGGGACCUGAGCAGACCCUUCAACUGCACUCCCUCCUCAGGAGCCCCUUCCUGGGGACAGUGAGGACAAUGACCCUACAGAUGCUCAGCUACAUCCGGCCCAGGGUGCUGCAGUGGCACAGACCAGCCACAGGAUGGCAGUAGAAUAAAGACAGUCGAAAGGGAUUUCUGCUCACUGGCAGGAGACUGCGAUGACUGGGAGAAAACCUGCACUCGGUGGCACCUACAACGUUGCUAAUUUAUUUCCUUUUGAUAUGUAGGCAACUCGAUAUAGGAUGGGAGCAAACUAGGAAUGAAUUGAGUAGCUAGACUGUGCAGGAAUUGUUGGAACCUGGAGGGAACAAUAACAGUAGCUAGCAGAUUUGGCUUCAUCUUCCAGGGGCCCCACACUCCGUGGUGAGCCACCAUCAAUACAGAAAGUGACCUAAGAUGUACCAGCAAGAUGCCAUCCCUUCUUUUUGUGUAGGGUCAUGGGCUCCAAAAGCCAACGUGAACAAUUAAAAAUGUAUUGAGCAUCUACUCUGUAGCAGGUCCUGUGAAAACACUUUAGGUGGACAAUCCUUUGAGGUAAGUGGUAUCCCAUUUUACAGGUGUGAAAACAAGCAAAAAUUCAUUUUCCUAAGGGCACAUGGAUACUUUGUGGUGGAGUCAUAUGGGGAUCAGAAAAGCCUUUGAGGCCUUUGGAGUUAGAGGGCAGAAGGCAAGGCCUGAGCCGCUGUAAGCCUUAGGAGUUUAGGAAGGCUCCAGAAGACAAAUGGGGUCUCUAGAGGCUGUUAACUCAGCCAGGCUUCUUAGAGUUGCAUUUCAUUAACUGAUAUGGUUUGGCUCUGCGUCCUCACCCAAAUCUCGCCUUGAAUUGUAAUAAUCCCCACGUGUCAAGGGCGGGACCAGAUGGAGAUAAUUGAAUCAUAGGGGUGGUUUCUCUGAUGCUGUUCUCCUGAGAGUGAGUGAGUUCUGAUGAGAUCUGAUGGUUUUAUAAGGGGCUUCCCUCUUCGCUUGGCUCUCAUUCUCUCUCCCGUUACCCUGUGAAGAGGAGCCUUCCACCACGACUGCAAGUUUCCUGAGGCUGCCCCAGCCGUGCUGAACUGUGAGUCAGUUAAACCUCUUUUCUUUAUAAAUUACCCAGUCUUGGGUAUUUCUUCAUAGCAGUGUGAGAGCAGAUGAAUACACUGGCCCUGCCUGGGUUUCAGAACCAGUCUUGAACCUUUCACAGUGGCCAGAGGAUGGGGAGGCAGAGGCCCAGGUUGCACACUUCUUGCCUGAGUGUUGGGGACUAUCUGACCCAAAACAGGUGCACAGAGGGCAGCAGAGGAUGUUCCCAAAGGAAAAUUAGAGUUUAGAAUCAAAAGAAGGGGAAGGUGCGUGUUUGGGAGGUAAAUAGCAAAUACUCUUCAUAGGUUCACUAGAGUUUUGCUACUCCAAGUAUGAUCCCUGGGCCAGCAGAAUGGGCACAGCUGGAGCUGAUUGGAUAGGUCCCAUGAGCCUCAGGCCCCACCCAGGCUCAAUGAGUCAGAGUCUGCGUCUUAAGAAGACCCCCUGGUGGUCUGUGCACAUUCAAGCACACUGCCGUUUUCCAAAGCACUUGCAACACUCAGGAUGCUUGCACGGUCAUGUUGCCACCAUCCGACCUGCAGACCCCAUUCUUGAGAUUGACUGGGAGUUCCUAUCAUGUCCUCCAUAGCAAGGGGAUCUAGACCAGAAUCAAGCCUUGGAUCUAGUUCUCAAGUCUCUUUGGUCUCUUUCAGUUUAGGAACAGUUUGUCAACGUUCCUUCACUUUUGUGACCUUGAUACUUAAGUUUGAAGGCUGUCUCUCAAUUUGUGUUCUGCCCAGUGCAUCCUAUCAGAAGGCAUGUGAUUUCAACUUGUCCCAUACCAACGACGUUCACUUUGAUCAUUUGAUUAAAGGGGUGUCUGCUAGGCUUCUCCACAGCCAAGUUACUAUUUUCCCUCCCUUUAUAUUUAAUAAGCAUUUUGUAAGUGGGUACUUUGAAACUAUGUAAAUUGUAAACUUUCCAUUUAUGCAUUUUAAAAUUUUGAUUGAUGUAAA